AAGUGAAAGAAGAAGAUUUAGAGAACGAAAAAAUUUUAAUAGAUAUACUGCGCGAGGGAAUGAAAAAAUUUGUCACCUAUCCACCUAAGAAAUUAGAAUUAGAAGAGUUUAAAAAAACAAUUAUUAAUUUUAAAAUCGAUUACUUAACUGUAACUAAUCUUUAUCGAUUGAAUGCUGGGAUAUUAACGAUCGUAUGCGUUGAAUAUGCUCUUUUUCCUGGACUAGAUUAUGAAGAGUAUAGAAAGAUUUAUAACAGCAAUUACUCUAAGGCUGCCGCAUUAUAUAAAGAACUCUGUGGUAUUCCUAAAGAAAAUAAAGUCAAUGAAGCCUUAGCUAAAUCGGCUAGAUCUUUUUUUCGGUGUAAAAAUAGAAAUCUGGAAACGAUUCGAUUAUAUUUACAAAAUAUCGAUAUUGAUUCUGAGGAGAUAGAAUAUAUAAAAAAUGCGUCGAUUCAAUUGAUUAGAGGUAAUGAAGCUCUUUAUGCUGAUAAACCAGGGACAAAUACGAUAAGUCCAAUCGAAGAUGAUCCAAUAAAUAUGAUCACUGACGACGAGGAGACCCUUCCACCUAUGCGAGAUAUCCCAUUUUUACAAGAUAUGACAUUGGUAGUAGACCAGGGAUUAAUUAUAAGUAAUAAAGAUGAACAAUCAACCAACAUGAUGGUACCAAUCGAGUAUCAUACAAUAAAUGUGCCUAUCGAUGACGAGCAGCCCCAUCCAAAUAUGAUCCAGAUUAUAUAUCCAGAUAUGCCAUCGUUAAAUGUUGACCAUCCUUCAAUGAUAUCGAUACCGAUAGACCAGGAAUUAAUUAAAAGUAAUAAAGAUGAACUAUCAACCAACAUGAUAGAUCUAAUCGAAGAUCAUCCAAUAAAUGUGACCACCGAUGAAGAGGAAACCCUUCCACCUAUGCUAGAUAAUAUGCCAUUGGAACAUGUUGACCCUCCUUCAGUUGUACCAAUACCAGUAGACCAGGGAUUUCUUUCCCGUUACUCUCCCAAUGAGGUGGUGUUGGCGAAAAGGUUCAAAUCGUAUUUCUGGCCAGCACAAAUUAUUGAAGUCCAUAGUGAUAAGAUAUAUGUUACAUUUUUUCCUCUAUCAGAAGAAAUGGAGAAAGAGGAAGUCUCAUCGGAAGAAGAUGUAAGAGCUUUUACGGAUAAAGAAAUCGAAGCCGCUGGUGCCUCUCUAUGUACAGGUUUAUCACAAGUAGCCUUUAAAAAUGCAGUGAAAUUUGCUUCAGCAGAAUUGAAUUGAAUACAUUCUCGUUAAUUUAUGCAUGCAAUAAAUCGUUUUAUUAUGAUACUCCAGGAGGUCGGGGUUUUCAUCUCAAAAGAUUAGUGAUAAACUUAUAAAUUUGUACAAUAAAAAGAAUUAAUAUGCCUUGUUGUGUAACGCACCGUUUAAUGCCACAUUUUUGCGCCAUGUAUUUAAACUAUUUGCACUGAAUCAUCAUUAAAAAUAUAAUGAAAUGUC